AGAGUCGGCUACCAACAAAACAGAGCAAAGCUACUCCAAGCUUUGUGAACUUUCUCUCUCUUUCUAUCUUCUUCUCCUUUGCGUGAUUUCAUACAAGAAAUCUCGCGUUUCUUCUCAUUUCUUUCUUCUCCGUAAUUCCCAAAUGGAUCGCGCUCGAAAGCUAGCCAGCCGGGCGAUUCUGCGGCGGCUAAUUUCCGAAGCAAAGCAGCCACGUGGCGGCGCCGGAACGCCGACCCCCGCAUUAUUCACGCCCGCGAGGUUCGCUUCCUCGAUAACCGCUCGCUCAUUUCAGACUAAGAUCCGUGACCCGUCCACUACUGGGAUUGGGUUUCGAGCUCACCAGGCUCGCCCAAUCUCUGUUGAGGCGCUGAAACCCAGUGACACUUUCCCGCGCCGCCACAACUCCGCCACGCCGGAGGAGCAAUCUAAGAUGUCCGAGUUUUGCGGCUUCGCAAACCUCGAUGCUCUGAUUGACGCAACCGUGCCUCAAUCUAUUCGUAUUGAGCCCAUGGGGUUCUCCAAGUUCGAUCAGGGCCUCACCGAGGCGCAAAUGAUCGAACACAUGAAGGGUUUAGCGUCUAAGAAUAAGGUUUUCAAGUCGUAUAUAGGAAUGGGGUACUAUAAUACCUUUGUGCCUCCUGUGAUUCUGAGGAAUAUUAUGGAAAAUCCGGGUUGGUAUACUCAGUAUACUCCCUACCAGGCUGAGGUUUCGCAAGGCCGUCUUGAGUCCUUGCUAAAUUAUCAGACAAUGAUUACAGAUCUCACCGGUUUGCCUAUGGCCAAUGCGUCUUUGUUGGAUGAGGGCACUGCUGCGGCAGAGGCAAUGGCUAUGUGUAAUAAUAUCCAGAAGGGGAAAAAGAAAACUUUUGUUAUUGCUAGUAAUUGUCACCCCCAGACUAUUGAUGUUUGUAAAACUAGGGCUGAUGGGUUUGAACUUAAGGUAGUGACUGCUGAUCUUAAGGAUAUUGAUUACCAGUCUGGGGAUGUUUGUGGGGUGUUGGUACAGUAUCCCGGGACCGAGGGUGAGGUUUUGGACUAUGGGGAGUUCAUUAAGAGUGCACACGCUUGUGGGGUGAAGGUUGUGAUGGCGUCGGAUUUGUUGGCCCUGACAAUGCUGAAGCCUCCUGGUGAAUUGGGGGCGGAUAUUGUUGUCGGUUCAGCUCAGAGGUUUGGUGUUCCUAUGGGUUAUGGAGGUCCUCAUGCGGCUUUCUUGGCCACAUCCCAAGAGUACAAGAGAAUGAUGCCCGGGAGAAUUAUUGGUGUCAGUCUUGAUUCCUCAGGGAAGCCUGCUCUAAGAAUGGCAAUGCAGACUAGGGAGCAGCAUAUCCGAAGGGAUAAGGCAACAAGCAACAUUUGCACUGCUCAGGCAUUGCUUGCCAAUAUGGCUGCUAUGUAUGCUGUUUACCAUGGACCUGGAGGGCUUAAAACAAUUGCCCAACGAGUUCAUGGUCUUGCUGGAACUUUUGCUGCUGGAUUGAAAAAGCUUGGGACAGUGGAAGUGCAGGGUCUUCCCUUUUUUGACACUGUGAAGGUUAAGUGUGCUGAUGCAAAAGCAAUUGCUGAGGCUGCUUACAAAAACGAGAUUAACUUGAGGAUUGUGGAUAACAAUACCAUAACCGUUGCUUUUGAUGAGACAACCACUUUAGAAGACGUUGACAAGCUAUUUGAAAUUUUUGCAUGUGGAAAGCCAGUGCCAUUCAGUGCUCAAUCUAUUGCACCAGAGGUUCAAAAUGUGAUUCCUUCCAGUCUUGUAAGGGAUAGUCCAUAUUUGACUCACCAAGUAUUCAACACGUACCACACUGAGCAUGAGUUGCUUAGGUACCUUCAUAGGCUGCAAGCAAAGGAUCUUUCUCUGUGCCACAGCAUGAUUCCUCUUGGAUCCUGUACUAUGAAACUGAAUGCAACUACAGAGAUGAUGCCAGUGACAUGGCCUAGCUUUGCAGAUAUUCACCCGUUUGCACCCACUGAACAGGCUGCAGGAUUCCAGGAAAUGUUCAAUGAUUUGGGUGAACUAUUGUGUACAAUUACUGGAUUUGAUUCCUUUUCCUUGCAACCUAAUGCUGGUGCUGCCGGAGAGUAUGCAGGAUUGAUGGUCAUUCGUGCAUAUCAUUUGUCAAGAGGUGACAGUCACCGUAAUGUAUGCAUCAUACCUGUAUCUGCACAUGGAACAAAUCCUGCAAGUGCAGCCAUGUGUGGAAUGAAAAUUGUUGCUGUUGGAACUGAUGCAAAAGGAAACAUUAAUAUUGAAGAACUAAAGAAGGCUGCUGAGGCAAAUAAAGAUAACCUAGCUGCUCUUAUGGUUACAUAUCCUUCAACACACGGUGUCUAUGAGGAAGGCGUUGAUGAGAUAUGCAGGAUAAUUCAUGAGAAUGGCGGUCAAGUUUACAUGGACGGAGCUAAUAUGAAUGCACAGGUUGGUUUGACAAGUCCAGGCUUUAUUGGAGCAGACGUUUGCCAUCUAAAUCUCCACAAAACAUUCUGCAUUCCUCAUGGUGGAGGUGGUCCAGGCAUGGGUCCCAUUGGCGUGAAGAAACAUCUAGCACCAUUUUUGCCCUCACAUCCUGUGGUUCCAACUGGAGGUAUCCCAUCCCCUGAUAAGAGCCAGCCCUUGGGUACCAUCUCAGCUGCUCCUUGGGGCUCUGCACUUAUUUUGCCAAUAUCAUAUUCUUAUAUAGCCAUGAUGGGCUCGAAGGGACUUACUGAAGCAUCAAAGAUAGCCAUCUUGAAUGCAAACUACAUGGCUAAACGUUUAGAGAGCCACUAUCCUGUUCUAUUCCGUGGCGUCAAUGGAACAUGUGCACAUGAAUUCAUUAUUGAUUUGAGGGGAUUUAAGAAUACUGCUGGAAUCGAACCUGAAGAUGUUGCUAAACGCCUUAUGGACUAUGGAUUUCAUGGACCAACUAUGUCAUGGCCCGUUCCUGGCACACUAAUGAUUGAGCCAACUGAAAGUGAAAGCAAGGCAGAAUUAGACAGGUUUUGUGAUGCACUCAUCUCCAUUAGGGAAGAGAUUGCUCAGAUUGAGAAGGGGAAGUUUGAUCUUAACAAUAAUGUUCUUAAGAACGCUCCUCAUCCACCGUCAGUGCUUAUGGCUGAUGAAUGGACAAAACCAUACUCUAGGGAAUAUGCUGCCUUCCCCGCUCCCUGGCUGAGAACUGCCAAAUUCUGGCCGUCUACAGGGCGUGUUGACAAUGUGUAUGGAGACCGCAACCUCAUCUGCACUCUCCUUACACCAUCACAGAUGGUUGAAGAACAGGCUGCAGCCACUGCUUAAGCUCCAUUGAAGCCACAUUCCUUCUUCCACAAUUGAAGUAUAUAUAUUCAAAUUCCAAGUGUUUAUUCCCUUGUAGUUUGAUGACUUUCAUUUUUAUCCAUAUUGAUCAACAGCUGCUCUAUCAACAAUUGUUUAUAUCUGCAGCUUGCAGCUUUUCUAAUCUUCUC